ACUGGAAACACUCUCCGGGACUUUUAAAGUGACUUCUGCUGUCAAAUGGGACCAGAGGAGAAGGAGCCGAGCGGUUAAUAAGUGAGUGGAUGAGUAUCACCCUGAGCCAACACGUGUCCUAUGCUGGUGAACAGAGCUCCAGAUGCUCCAGGAUGGACCAGAGUUCACCACCGGACCUGCCCGAACCCGACAGCGAGGAGCUCCGGCUCAGAGUGGACUUCUUCAGGAAGCUGGGUUACUCCUCGGAGGAGGUGCAGGCCGCUCUGAGGAAGCUGGGCCUGAGCACGGACACUAACGCGGUGCUGGGAGAACUGGUCCGGAGCAGGACCGGUUCUGGUCCUGACGGUGAUCUGACGGGGCAGAAGGACCCUCUGCUGCCCCCCAGCUGGACUCCUGGACCCUCCAGAAAUACUCCACAGCUGGGGGAGCGCAAGACCACGGACACAGAACUGAGGCCGGUCGUUGUUGAUGGAAGCAACGUUGCCAUGAGUCAUGGCAACAAGGAAGUGUUCUCGUGUCGAGGCAUCCAGCUCUCAGUGAACUUCUUCUUGGACAGAGGUCACAGCACCGUCACUGUGUUUGUGCCCAGCUGGCGCAAAGAGCAGCCAAGACCUGACGCCCCAAUAACAGAUCAACACAUCCUAAUGGAGCUGGAGAAACGGAAGAUAGUGGUCUUCACGCCAUCUCGCCGCGUUGGCGGGAAGCGAGUGGUUUGCUAUGACGACCGGUUUAUCGUCAAGUUAGCGUACGAGUCGGACGGAGUGAUCGUGUCCAACGACACCUACCGGGACCUGCAAGGAGAAAGACCUGAGUGGAAGAAAUGCAUCGAGGAGAGGCUCCUCAUGUUCUCCUUUGUCAAUGACAAGUUCAUGCCACCAGAUGACCCUCUGGGUCGCCACGGCCCCAGCCUUGAUAAUUUCCUCCGGAAAAAGCCUCUGCCUGCUGAGCAAAAGAAACAGCUCUGUCCAUAUGAUAAAAAGUGCACUUACGGCCUCAAAUGUAAGUUCUACCACCCGGAGCGGUCCAACCAGUCCUACCUGUCUUUGGCUGACGAACUGAGAGAGAAAGCCCAGAUUUCUACCGCAAAAGAAGACAGAAGUGCCAGAUUAUCACCCAGACAUCUUCAGUCGGAGCCUGAGCCUUCUCACAAGGCCUUUUCCCAUCCCAAAGACUCCAACACGGAGCUUUUAAGAGACCAGCAGAGCUCUUCACAUCCCACACAAAACUCCCUGGUGUACUGGGGGGAUCCGAGGAGUGGUCAGGGUCAGAACGAGUGGCCCGGGCUGCCCUCCAUGCCCACUCAUUACUACACCAGCAACUCUCACGAGUACCUGGACUCCGGCCUCGGGUCCUAUGAGAGUCAGUACUCUGACGGGUGCCUCAGAGACUCCCACAGGCUCCGGCCCCAGCAGCAGAGACAACAUGCCCCAGUGCAUUUAGAGAAGAAUAACAGCAGCAGCCAGUCCUGCAGGUGCUGCUCCACGCAGCAGCAUCGUCACCAUGGAAACCUGGACUCCAAGGGUCAACACAAGUACGACACCUACUCUCCUCACGUCUUCCCGCCUGGCGUGCCGCACCAGAACAGCCUCCCCAGCCACCUGCAUUACAGCGGAGCCCCGGCUCACAAUAAGCAGCAGUACUGGUCCGAUCCCUUCCAGGGGAUGCCCCAAACCAGGACGUCCUGCAGUCUCCCGUCCUCGGCCAGCUCCUUGCACUCCAACAACUGCUCUUACAAAGGCCCUCAGUUCGACCCGUGGGGCCCGCAGCAGUCCUCUCCUGCUGCGUUCGACCCAAAAAGGUUGGAGCUCCGCAAGAAGCUGCAAGCCAUCUUCAACCCGCAUCAGGUGGAUACGGUCCUGGAGAUGUUUCCACACGAGACCAACGCAGAGAAACUGGCUGCAGAGAUCCUCAACAUGAAGGCUCAGAGGGGGAUCUUCUGAUGAUUCCUCUGGUUUUUCUUCCCUUUAGGCUUGGGAUGAUGUAAUGUAUCCUGGUGUCAAUAUUUGUGAUUAUCCUUCCCCCCACUGCAAAAAAUAUGUGUCUAAAAACCAGAUAAAAACACUAAAUCUGAGGGAAAUGAUCUUGCUGCAUGGACAGAUAAUUUACCUUGACAAGAUUUCUUGAAUUAAUAUUAUUAAGUCUAGAAAUAAGCAUGUUGAACACUUAAAAUAAGAAAUUAACUCUUAAAACAAGAUUACUUAUCUAACACUUCUAAAUCUAAAGUUUUUCUUAUCUUGGUAAGAAACAAAUAAUUGUCAGUGCAGCUUUAAUUUAGCUCUUUUGUAGAUUUUUUUUGUCUUUUUUGGUCAUUUUGUGACCAAAAGAAGAUGUAAAAAGACACAAAAUUACAAAAAAAGACACAAAGAAAGACACAAAAAGACACAAAAAAGACAAACAAGACAGAAAAUCACAAAAAAAGACAGAAAAAGACAAAAAAUACCAAGCAAAAAAGUCACAAAAGACAAAAAAACAUCAAAAAAAGACAGAGAAACGGGCCAGUUCAUCGCUGCUUGCAGCUUUAAUCCAUCUUGUUUUUAGAGUUAAUUUCUUGUGUUCAACAUGCUUAUUUCUAGAUUUAAUAAUCUUAAUUUAAGAAAUCUUGUCAAGGUAAAUUAUCUGUCCAUGCAGCGAGAUCAUUUCCCUCAGAUUUAGUGUUUAUCUGGUUUUUAGACACACCUUUUUUUUGCAGUGUACAUGCAUUUGAGCAUGAAAUAUGUUAAGUUACUGCACUGUAAACAUAUUUAAAAUUGCAGUUUCAUCAUAUCUGGUUAAGUGCACGCUCCCCCUGCAGCAUUUACGUUGCCCAUCCCUGAGCUAGAGAAACUCAAAACUAGACUUGAAGUUGGCAAAAAGUAGAUGUCAAGGUGCCGGGCUGUAGAAAAUGUAAUACAGUUUAUAGGGAAAACAGAAAUAACUGUUCAUGUCAUAUGAUUUUUGGCCUAAAGAGCCACAGGUUGCCUCCCCUUGAAAUAGAGUAUUAACAGUGUCUUAGUCUGUUGUUUCUUAAGGGAAACUUCCUGUAUUUUUAUACAGACUUUUAUUUUUCACUUCCCUACCAUGAUGUCACAUGGUACAGACAACAAUUACAUCGUUUGCAUCAGCAUAUUUAAUUUACCCCUGACUUAAGAAAUACAGGAAGUAUCAGGGAACAAAAAAUAAGUUAAUAUAUAAAUAUAUAUAUUUAGCACUUUCCUGUCAUUAAACAGUAUUGUUGGCAUUGUAAAGUCAGCAUUUUACUUUUUCUGGCUUUAGUUGUGCUCAUUGAUGAUCACCCCAAUAAUGGAAAUUUACCGACUUAUUGCUUUGUUUUUUAUUGCAAAAUGCAAUAAAAUUGUACUUUUUGUCCAAAUCCCAACUUCCCUCUCAGCUUCUUCAGACAGAAAUAACAUGACACUCAUGUGACUCUCUGUCAUGGCAAGCAAGGAUUUUUUUUUUUUUUUUUUUUUUUUUUUGUAGUGUGUAUUCUGCCCUACAAAGCGUAAUUGCAGUAAUUAUAUUUUUGGUCAAAUUUGAUUUAUAACAAAAAAUAAACUCCUUGAUAUCUGUUUUAUCUUGUGACAAAGUUUUAGAUUUCAAUUUUGCUUUAUUUCAGAGAAAUAAUUAUAUAAAAACCACAAAAUCCAACUCAAAACCAAGCAGUAAUUGCACUUACCACAGUCUGCUUUGGAUAUAUAUACUAAUUUAAACAUGAAAAUAAUAGAAAUUAUAAGCUUAUUUUUAAUAGGUUUUUAGAUUUCUAAUAGUUACUGGACUCUGUUUUUGCAUUACUAUUAGAACCUUUUACACCUUUUAACUACGUUUUUGGGGUCAAAUGUCAAAUAAAUCAUCAUGAUUUUUUAGCAUUUUUUAACAUAAUACAUGUAGAAAUAAGUGUCAUAUCACUUAUCUAUAACCCAUUUGGCUGGCCAGUUAAAAAACGUUAAAAACAACAACUUUAAUGCAGUUUUUCUCAGUUUUUACCUUUUGCAUAGUUACUGCAGUUAGACUUUGUAGUGUGUAUAGUUAAGUGAUUUGAAAGUUAAUUGAAAAUCUGUUUCAUUGUGUGUAAUGUGCCAUUGCAGACGUGCAAUUUGCUUUCCUAUUUAUGUUAAGACAAUUUAUUAUCUGCAUUUGUAUGACACUGUAGUCAAAUGUGACCUUGUCGUCCAAUAUUUUGGAUGAAAAGUGCCUCUAGAGUAAAAGAGUAAUGACUGAGCUUCUAGAGUUUUGACUGUUGAUGCAUAUUGUGUCGAAUGUGAUAUAUUUUAACCUCUUCUUGCCUUAAAAUCAAGUUCUCACGUCGUAAGGAAUCGUUGUAUAAAGUAUUACUAUUUUCUUUAACUUUCACUGCAGUUGUCCAGAACAACUUGUCAUUUAACCCUUUGAUGCACAACAUAUUGACCCCCCAUGUUAUUUAAUGCUGCUGUGUGUUUCUGUGCUCUAUAUUUUGAAAUCAACUUAUUUAAUGAUUGAAUAUUCCAAGUAUUCUUUAAAUAUCUUGUUUUUGAUAACAACAGAUCAUUAUUUCCAUUUUGCUUUUCAUACUUUAUGAAGAAAAACAGUUUUUGUAUUAUUACAUAGCUAACUACUUGUCUAAAUAGCUUGCUAAGCUAACUACUUAGCCAAGAAGUUAGCUAAGUAGUUAGCUUAGCAAGCUACUUAGCUAAAUACUUAGCCAAGAAGUUAGCUAAGUAGUUAGCUUAGCAAGCUAUGAACUUUAUGAAGAAAAACAGUUUUUGUAUUAUUACAUAGCUAACCACUUGUCUAAGUAGCUUGCUAAGCUAACUACUUAGCCAAGAAGUUAGCUAAGUAGUUAGCUUAGCAAGCUACUUAGCUAAAUACUUAGCCAAGAAGUAAGCUAAGUAGUUACCUUAGCAAGCUAUGAACUUUAUGAAGAAAAACAGAUUUUGUUUCAGUACAUAGCUAACUACUUGUCUAAGUGGCUUGCUAAGCUAACUACUUAGCCAAGAAGUUAGCUAAGUAGUUAGCUUAGCAAGCUACUUAGCUAAAUACUUAGCCAAGAAGUUAGCUAAGUAGUUAGCUUAACAAGCUAUGAACUUUAUGAAGAAAAACAGUGUUUGUAUUAUUACAUAGCUAACUACUUGUCUAAGUAGCUUGCUAAGUAGUUAGCUUAGCAAGCUACUUAGCUAAAAAAUGGAUAUGGUGCUUUAGACAUGUUGUGCAUUAGAAGAGUAGUGACACAAAAAGGGAUUUUAUUAAAAAAUGAAUAAAGGAAAACAUAAAAUUAGGAUGUAUGAUGAUCCAAAACAAACUAAUUGAGGAAAACCUGGAAUACUGAAUGAUGAAAAUAAUUUAUUGCAAAGAUAUAGAACAUAAAAACUCAUACAUAUCAGAUCACUUUAGACCCAUGUUGUGCAUCAAAGGGUUAAUAUCCCUGUGAGGAGCAGCGGCAGUGUAUUUUAGUAUUCUGAUGCACUCAGAUAAUGUCAAUCCAGUCAAGGAUCCAAAAACUGUAUUUACACUAAACCCCAAGCUAACAAGGAAACUGACUUUUGAAAAGACUUUGUCACAAUCAAAUGGAAUUUGCUGAUAAGUCAAAACCCUUUCCUGUCAACUGGCAUCAGUUUCAUGACGCAUUCUCGGAACAAGUGUUGCUGUAAUACUACCGCGUUUUUUGGUUACUGUGCAAUUGAUAAAAAGUUGAUAAAAGUAUGGAAUUUAGUUCUCAUGAACAUUCAGAUUCAUCUUCUCUUAGAAAAUCACCCUGUAAAUGUCUAUUGUAAGAUAAAUUCAUAGUGAGAAAGUUUAGGGAAAAACCAUGUAAUUAAAAAUAAAACUGUGUCAG